AUGGGUAAAUGGGUACAACCUAAUUAUGAGAAGGACUUUAUCAAAAAGUUUAAAAUUUUAUUUGAUGAUACAAAUGAUUAUAAAGUUAGGAAUGGUGAAAGAUAUGUUGCAUUUGAAGAUUUUGUAGAUAGAUUAGACCCAAAGAAUAGAGGUGCAAUUCAUUUUUUAGAUUCCUUAAUUAGAGAAGUAUUUAAGGAUAUACCACAACCACCACCAUCAUACGGUUUUAUACCAACAGAGCCAUUCAUUUCUUUGGAUGUUGGUUUGCCAACAAUUCCAACAAAUACAAACUCUACUCCCUCAUCAUCGUCAUCAUCGUCGUCAUCAUCAUCAUCAUCAUCAUCAUCAUCAUCAUCACAACAACCACUCACAACAACAAUGCAACAACUUCAAUUACAACAUCAACGUCAACAACAACAACAUCAACAAUUAUUACAACAACAAGCUAUACUUCAACAACAACAACAACACAUUCAACAAUUAUUACAACAACCACAACCACAACAAAUUUCGCAACAAUUCUCACAACAAUUAAUACAACAACAUAGAUUACGUCAACAACAACGUCAACAACAACAACAAUUACAACAUCAACAACAACAACAACAGCUCCAAUAUCAAAUGCAACAAUUUCAAUUACAACAAUUACAACAACAACAACAACAACAACAAAAUCAACAACAACAUCAACACCAUCAACAAAAUCAACAACAACAUCAACACCAUCAACAAAAUCAACAACAACAUCAACAACAUCAACAACAUCAACAACAUCAACAAAAUCAACAAAAUCAACAAAAUCAACAAAAUCAACAAAAUCAACAAAAUCAACAAAAUCAACAAAAUCAACAAAAUCAACAACAAAAUCAACAACAAAAUCAACAACAAAAUCAACAACAAAAUCAUCAACAAAAUCAUCAACAAAAUCAUCAACAAAAUCAUCAACAAAAUCAACAACAACCAAAUCUUGUUCAAUCCUCAUUAUUAAUUCCACAAUUACAACAUAUUCGAGAUCAAAUACACCAAUCAUAUCGUUCACAACAACAGCAACACCCAUUACAACAGAUUCAACCAUUACAACAACCACAACAUCAACCUGAGCCACAAACACAAUCAACUCAAACACAGACACAAUCAGAAAUACAACAAACACAACCAACACAAACCCAAUCAUCACAUCAAACUUUAAUUUCACCACCACAAGCUCAAGUAGCAUUUAGAAAUCAUUUAGUAUCCAACAGAAUACAAACAAUAGUUGAUUUUUCACCAAAUAGUAGCGAUUCUGAAAUUGAUACCACAGUAAAUAAUAGAAAUAACACAUCUAGAGUAAAUAAUAAUAGUAAUAAUAACACCAAUAGUAAUAGUAAUAAUAAUAAUAAUAAUAAUAAUAAUAAUAAUAAUAAUAAUAAUAAUAAUAAUAAUAAUAAUAAUAAUAAUAAUAAUAAUAAUAAUAAUAAUAAUAAUAAUAAUAAUAAUAAUAAUAAUAAUACAAUAAGAUCAACUAAUGAAUCUGUAUCAUUAUUACCUUUUGUUAUAAAUAAUUCAACACCAACCAUAACUACAACAACAAGAUCAUCAGCAUUAAUUCCAUCGAUUAAUGGAUCAAGUAGUGAAAUUCCAACAACAACAACAACAACAACAACAUCACUUUCAAUUUCGUCACCACCCACACCAACUAUUCCACUUUCACCAGCUACAAGCUCGGGUAAUAGUGGUAGUACAGGUAGUUUUUCUUAUAUUGGUUCACUUUUGACCACAAACCUUGGCGGAAUUUCAAACGAUAGAAGAAAUAAUAGUGAUUGCUGA